CUCACUAGAGCGAGAGCGCCACGCCUGGACACUUGACGAGAGCUGAGAGUUGCUCUAGCGCUCUCGCUAGACUGCUCCACUGUCGUCAUCUAGACUCAGCAACUAGUUGCGCAGUCGCUCUCAAGUCUCAACAGUCAGUAUUGAGUAGAUUGCUCUAAGGGAAGCACGUUGUUAGAGCAUUUUUCGCUCUCUCGUUCUCUAGCAAUGAGCUCUACCUCCAGCCGCGAAUGGACUAAAGACGAAACCGCGCAGUUUAUCUAUCGAAUUGAAACUCACCCCGAACUCUGGGACGCGUCGUCUGAGCUCUACAAAGACAGAUACCGGAGAACGCGAGCAAUCGCCGCUCUAGCUAGUGAAUUCAACACGGACUGUAGAGAAGUGUCGCGCAAAAUGCACAACCUUCGAACGCAGCUCAACGCCGAGCUGAGGAAGAUGAAGAAGAAGAGGAAGAAGAGUGGAGCUGACUUUGAUGAUGAUAGUAUCAAAAGUUCGUGGCAGUUUUUUGAGGCGCUCAGGUUCAUGCUUCCCUUCUGCAAAUCUGACCAGACGGCUGCAUUCUAUUUGACACAAGAACACCCAGAAAGCGACAGUAAUACCCAGGAUAGUAAUGAAGAGCAUUCCAGUCACCAAAUCGUUGAAACUUCAUACUCUCCAGUCGCAAAAAGGAGGAACACGGCAUCGAGAAGUGACACAGUUUUGGACACUGCCUUGCAAAUAUUACAAACCAAGGAUGACGACCAGAUUUUUGGGGACUUUGUCUCAUCGAUUCUAAGGAAUAUGAACAAUCCUCAACUGAAACAAAACUUGAAGCUCACAAUACAACGAUCUAUUUUAGAGGCACAAGAAAUGGAAGUGACGAAUAACUACACUUAGUGAACGAAUAAUAUACUAAACUAUCAAUAAUUACCUUAAGUGGUCGAGUAUAGUUUCUAUUCCGUAAUAAUUUAUCUGUAACUAUUUUGUAAUAUUGGAAUACUUAUUGAACGAAAUAAUAAUUUUUGUAACUCCUGCGAUCUCA